AGGCGAGAACAGGCUUUGACCGAUAGUAACCUCUGCGCUCCGAACAGCCGAAUCUAUAAAAGGAACUAGUCUCGGCAAAAACCCCGUAAUUGCGAGCGAGAGUGAGUGGGGCCGGGACCCGCAGAGCCGAGCGGACCCUUCUCUCCCGGGUUGCGGCAGGGCAGAGCAGGGCGGGGGGCUCCGCGCACCAACAGGACUAGUUCUCAGGGCGCUUUGCUCCUUGUUUUUUCCCCUCGUUCUGUUUUCUCCCCUUCUCCGGAAGGCUUGUCAAGGGGUAGGAGAAAGAGACGCAAACACAACAGUGGAAAACAGUUAAUGACCAGCCACGGCGUCCCUGCUGUGAGCUCUGGCCGCUGCCUUCCAGGGCUCCCGAGCCACACGCUGUGGGUGCUGGCUGAGGGAACAUGGCUUGUUGGCCUCAGCUGAGGUUGCUGCUGUGGAAGAACCUCACUUUCAGAAGAAGACAAACAUGUCAGCUGCUGCUGGAAGUGGCCUGGCCUCUAUUUAUCUUCCUGAUCCUGAUCUCUGUUCGGCUGAGCUACCCACCCUAUGAACAACAUGAAUGCCAUUUUCCAAAUAAAGCCAUGCCCUCUGCAGGAACACUUCCUUGGGUUCAGGGGAUUAUCUGUAAUGCCAACAACCCCUGUUUCCGUUACCCGACUCCUGGGGAGGCUCCCGGAGUUGUUGGAAACUUUGACAAAUCCAUUGUGUCUCGCCUGUUUUCAGAUGCUCGCAAGCUUCUUUUAUACAGCCAGAAAGACACCAGCAUGAAGGACAUGCGCAAAGUUCUGAGAACAUUACAGCAGAUCAAGAAAUCCAGCUCAAACUUGAAGCUUGGAUCAGUCCAGUGGAGACCAACCUCUCCUGUAGACUCUACCGCUCAGGCCUAUGCUGUAAUCAGUGCUGGGCCACUGGGCUCCUGCUUCUGUGCUCCAGCUGGAAAGUUUAUCUUGUUCUUUCCUUCAGUUGCAUCUGCUAAAUUCAUUGGACUAUCCCCAGAUGAUCUGUACUUCAGGAUUUCUCGGUGGACAAUGAAACCUUUCUCGCGGCUCUCUCCUCAUUCCGUAACCUGUCCUCGUCCACAAUCUACUGUGGACAAGAUGCUGAGGGCUGAUGUAGCAAUUCUCCACAAGGUAUUUUUGCAAGGCUACCAGUUACAUUUGACCAGUCUGUGCAACGGAUCAAAAUCAGAAGAGGUGAUUCAACUUGGUGACCAAGAAGUUUCCGAGCUUUGUGGCCUACCAAGGGAGAAACUGGCUGCAGCGGGGCAGGUACUUCAUUCCAACGUGGACAUCCUGAAGCCAAUCCUGAGAGGACUAAACUCUUCAUCUCCCCUGCCGAGCAAGGAGCUGGCUGAAGCCACAAAAACAUUGCUGCAUAGUCUUGGGACUCUGGCCCAGGAGCUGUUCAGCAUGAGAAGCUGGAGUGACAUGCGACAGGAGGUGAUGUUUCUGACCAAUGUGAACAGCUCCAGCUCUUCCACCCAGAUCUACCAGGCUGUGUCUCGUAUUGUCUGCGGGCAUCCCGAGGGAGGGGGGCUGAAGAUCAAGUCUCUCAACUGGUAUGAGGACAAUAACUACAAAGCCCUCUUCGGAGGCAAUGGCACUGAGGAAGAUGCUGAAACCUUCUACGACAACUCUACAACUCCUUACUGCAAUGAUUUGAUGAAGAAUUUGGAGUCUAGUCCUCUUUCCCGCAUUAUUUGGAAAGCUCUGAAGCCUCUGCUUGUUGGGAAGAUCCUGUAUACACCUGACACUCCAGCCACAAGGCAGGUUAUGGCUGAGGUGAACAAGACCUUCCAGGAAUUGGCUGUGUUCCAUGAUCUGGAAGGCAUGUGGGAGGAACUCAGCCCCAAGAUCUGGACCUUCAUGGAGAACAGCCAAGAAAUGGACCUUGUCCGGACGCUGUUGGACAGCAGGGGCAAUGACCACUUUUGGGAACAGCAGUUGGAUGGCUUAGAUUGGACAGCCCAAGACAUUGUGGCGUUUUUGGCCAAGCACCCAGAGGAUGUCCAGUCCAGUAAUGGUUCUGUGUACACCUGGAGAGAAGCUUUCAACGAGACUAACCAGGCAAUCCGGACCAUAUCUCGCUUCAUGGAGUGUGUCAACCUGAACAAGCUGGAACCCAUAGCAACAGAAGUCCGGCUCAUUAACAAGUCCAUGGAGCUGCUGGAUGAGAGGAAGUUCUGGGCUGGUAUUGUGUUCACUGGAAUUACUCCAGGCAGCAUUGAGCUGCCCCACCAUGUCAAGUACAAGAUCCGAAUGGACAUUGACAACGUGGAGAGGACAAAUAAAAUCAAGGAUGGGUACUGGGACCCUGGUCCUCGAGCUGACCCCUUUGAGGACAUGCGGUACGUCUGGGGCGGCUUCGCCUACUUGCAGGAUGUGGUGGAACAGGCAAUCAUCAGGGUGCUGACAGGCACCGAGAAGAAAACUGGUGUCUAUAUGCAACAGAUGCCCUAUCCCUGUUAUGUUGAUGACAUCUUUUUGCGGGUGAUGAGCCGGUCAAUGCCCCUCUUCAUGACACUGGCCUGGAUUUACUCAGUGGCUGUGAUCAUCAAGGGCAUUGUGUAUGAGAAGGAGGCGCGGCUGAAAGAGACCAUGCGGAUCAUGGGCCUGGACAACAGCAUCCUCUGGUUUAGCUGGUUCAUUAGUAGCCUCAUUCCUCUUCUUGUGAGCGCUGGCUUGCUGGUGGUCAUCCUGAAGUUAGGAAACCUGCUGCCCUACAGUGACCCCAGCGUGGUGUUUGUCUUCCUGUCCGUGUUUGCUGUGGUGACCAUCCUGCAGUGCUUCCUGAUUAGCACACUCUUCUCCAGAGCCAACCUGGCGGCAGCCUGUGGGGGCAUCAUCUACUUCACGCUGUACCUGCCCUACGUUCUGUGUGUGGCGUGGCAGGACUAUGUGGGCUUCACACUCAAGAUCUUCGCUAGCCUGCUGUCUCCUGUGGCUUUCGGGUUUGGCUGUGAGUACUUUGCCCUUUUUGAGGAGCAGGGCAUUGGAGUGCAGUGGGACAACCUGUUUGAAAGUCCUAUGGAGGAAGAUGGCUUCAAUCUCACCACUUCAGUUUCCAUGAUGCUGUUUGACACCUUCCUCUAUGGGGUGAUGACUUGGUACAUCGAGGCUGUCUUUCCAGGCCAGUACGGAAUUCCCAGGCCCUGGUAUUUUCCUUGCACCAAGUCCUACUGGUUUGGUGAGGAAAGUGAUGAGAAGAGCCACCCUGGUUCCAACCAGAAGAGAAUGUCAGAAAUCUGCAUGGAGGAGGAGCCCACCCAUCUGAAGCUGGGCGUGUCCAUUCAGAACCUGGUAAAAGUCUACCGAGAUGGGAUGAAGGUGGCUGUCGAUGGCCUGGCACUGAAUUUUUAUGAGGGCCAGAUCACCUCCUUCCUGGGCCACAAUGGAGCGGGGAAGACGACCACCAUGUCAAUCCUGACUGGGUUGUUCCCCCCGACCUCGGGCACAGCCUACAUCCUGGGAAAAGACAUUCGCUCUGAGAUGAGCACUAUCCGGCAGAACCUGGGGGUCUGUCCCCAGCAUAAUGUGCUAUUUGACAUGCUGACUGUCGAAGAACACAUCUGGUUCUAUGCCCGCCUGAAAGGGCUCUCCGAGAAGCAUGUGAAGGCGGAGAUGGAGCAGAUGGCCCUGGAUGUUGGUUUGCCAUCAAGCAAGUUGAAAAGCAAAACAAGCCAGCUGUCAGGUGGAAUGCAGAGAAAGCUGUCUGUGGCGUUGGCCUUUGUCGGGGGAUCCAAGGUCGUCAUUCUGGAUGAACCCACAGCUGGUGUGGACCCUUACUCCCGCAGGGGAAUAUGGGAGCUGCUGCUGAAAUACCGACAAGGCCGCACCAUUAUUCUCUCCACACACCACAUGGAUGAAGCGGACGUCCUGGGGGACAGGAUUGCCAUCAUCUCCCAUGGGAAGCUGUGCUGUGUGGGCUCCUCCCUGUUUCUGAAGAACCAGCUGGGAACAGGCUACUACCUGACCCUGGUCAAGAAAGAUGUGGAAUCCUCCCUCAGUUCCUGCAGAAACAGUAGUAGCACUGUGUCAUACCUGAAAAAGGAGGACAGUGUUUCUCAGAGCAGUUCUGAUGCUGGCCUGGGCAGCGACCAUGAGAGUGACACGCUGACCAUCGAUGUGUCUGCUAUCUCCAACCUCAUCAGGAAGCAUGUGUCUGAAGCCCGGCUGGUGGAAGACAUAGGGCAUGAACUGACCUACGUGCUGCCAUAUGAAGCUGCUAAGGAGGGGGCCUUUGUGGAACUCUUUCAUGAGAUUGAUGACCGGCUCUCAGACCUGGGCAUUUCUAGUUAUGGCAUCUCAGAGACGACCCUGGAAGAAAUAUUCCUCAAGGUGGCCGAAGAGAGUGGGGUGGAUGCUGAGACCUCAGAUGGUACCUUGCCAGCAAGACGAAACAGGCGGGCCUUCGGGGACAAGCAGAGCUGUCUUCGCCCAUUCACUGAAGAUGAUGCUGUUGAUCCAAAUGAUUCUGACAUAGACCCAGAGUCCAGAGAGACAGACUUGCUCAGCGGGAUGGAUGGCAAAGGCUCCUACCAGGUGAAGGGCUGGAAGCUUACACAGCAACAGUUUGUGGCCCUUUUGUGGAAGAGACUGCUAAUUGCCAGACGGAGUCGGAAAGGAUUUUUUGCUCAGAUUGUCUUGCCAGCUGUGUUUGUCUGCAUUGCCCUUGUGUUCAGCCUGAUCGUGCCACCCUUUGGCAAGUACCCCAGCCUGGAACUUCAGCCCUGGAUGUACAACGAACAGUACACAUUUGUCAGCAAUGAUGCUCCUGAGGACACGGGAACCCUGGAACUCUUAAACGCCCUGACGAAAGACCCUGGCUUCGGCACCCGCUGUAUGGAAGGAAACCCCAUCCCAGACAUGCCCUGCCAGGCAGGGGAGGAAGAGUGGACCACUGCCCCAGUUCCCCAAACCAUCAAGGACCUCUUCCAGAAUGGGAACUGGACGAUGCAGAAUCCUUCACCUGCAUGCCAAUGUAGCAGCGACAAAAUCAAGAAGAUGCUGCCCGUGUGUCCCCCAGGGGCAGGGGGGCUGCCUCCUCCGCAAAGAAAACAAAACACUGCAGAUAUCCUUCAGGACCUGACGGGAAGAAACAUUUCGGAUUAUCUGGUGAAGACGUAUGUGCAGAUCAUAGCCAAAAGCUUAAAGAACAAGAUCUGGGUGAAUGAGUUUAGGUAUGGCGGGUUUUCCCUGGGUGUCAGUAAUACUCAAGCACUUCCUCCGAGUCAAGAAGUUAAUGAUGCCAUCAAACAAAUGAAGAAACACCUAAAGCUGGCCAAGGACAGUUCUGCAGAUCGAUUUCUCAACAGCUUGGGAAGGUUUAUGACAGGACUGGACACCAAAAAUAAUGUCAAGGUGUGGUUCAAUAACAAGGGCUGGCAUGCAAUCAGCUCUUUCCUGAAUGUCAUCAACAAUGCCAUUCUCCGGGCCAACCUGCAAAAGGGAGAGAACCCUAGCCAUUAUGGAAUUACUGCUUUCAAUCAUCCCCUGAAUCUCACCAAACAGCAGCUCUCAGAGGUGGCUCUGAUGACCACAUCAGUGGAUGUCCUUGUGUCCAUCUGCGUCAUCUUUGCGAUGUCCUUCGUCCCAGCCAGCUUUGUCGUAUUCCUGAUCCAGGAGCGGGUCAGCAAAGCAAAACACCUGCAGUUCAUCAGUGGCGUGAAGCCUGUCAUCUACUGGCUCUCUAAUUUUGUCUGGGAUAUGUGCAAUUACGUUGUCCCUGCCACACUGGUCAUUAUCAUCUUCAUCUGCUUCCAGCAGAAGUCCUAUGUGUCCUCCACCAACCUGCCUGUGCUAGCCCUUCUACUUUUGCUGUAUGGGUGGUCAAUCACACCUCUCAUGUACCCAGCCUCCUUCGUGUUCAAGAUCCCCAGCACAGCCUAUGUGGUGCUCACCAGCGUGAACCUCUUCAUCGGCAUCAAUGGCAGCGUGGCCACCUUUGUGUUGGAGCUCUUCACCGACAAUAAGCUGAAUAAUAUCAAUGAUAUCCUGAAGUCUGUGUUCUUGAUCUUCCCACAUUUUUGCCUGGGACGAGGGCUCAUUGACAUGGUGAAAAACCAGGCAAUGGCUGAUGCCCUGGAAAGGUUUGGGGAGAACCGCUUUGUGUCACCAUUAUCUUGGGACUUGGUGGGACGAAACCUCUUCGCCAUGGCCGUGGAAGGGGUGGUGUUCUUCCUCAUUACUGUUCUGAUCCAGUACAGAUUCUUCAUCAGGCCCAGACCUGUAAAUGCAAAGCUCCCUCCUCUGAAUGAUGAAGAUGAAGAUGUGAGGCGGGAAAGACAGAGAAUUCUUGAUGGUGGAGGCCAGAAUGACAUCUUAGAAAUCAAGGAGUUGACGAAGAUAUAUAGAAGGAAGCGGAAGCCUGCUGUUGACAGGAUUUGUGUGGGCAUUCCUCCUGGUGAGUGCUUUGGGCUCCUGGGAGUUAAUGGGGCUGGAAAAUCAUCAACUUUCAAGAUGUUAACAGGAGAUACCACUGUUACCAGAGGAGAUGCUUUCCUUAACAAAAAUAGUAUCUUAUCAAACAUACAUGAAGUACAUCAGAACAUGGGCUACUGCCCUCAGUUUGAUGCCAUCACAGAGCUGCUGACUGGGAGAGAACACGUGGAGUUCUUUGCCCUUUUGAGAGGAGUCCCAGAGAAAGAAGUUGGCAAGGUUGGUGAGUGGGCGAUUCGGAAACUGGGCCUCGUGAAGUAUGGAGAAAAAUAUGCUGGUAACUACAGUGGAGGCAACAAGCGCAAGCUCUCUACAGCCAUGGCUUUGAUCGGCGGGCCUCCUGUGGUGUUUCUGGAUGAACCCACCACAGGCAUGGAUCCCAAAGCCCGGCGGUUCUUGUGGAAUUGUGCCCUAAGUGUUGUCAAGGAGGGGAGAUCAGUAGUGCUUACAUCUCAUAGUAUGGAAGAAUGUGAAGCUCUUUGCACUAGGAUGGCAAUUAUGGUCAAUGGAAGGUUCAGGUGCCUUGGCAGUGUCCAGCAUCUAAAAAAUAGGUUUGGAGAUGGUUAUACAAUAGUAGUACGAAUAGCAGGGUCCAACCCGGACCUGAAGCCUGUCCAGGAUUUCUUUGGACUUGCCUUUCCUGGAAGUGUUCUAAAAGAGAAACACCGGAACAUGCUACAAUACCAGCUUCCAUCUUCGUUAUCUUCUCUGGCCAGGAUAUUCAGCAUCCUCUCCCAGAGCAAAAAGCGACUCCACAUAGAAGACUACUCUGUUUCUCAGACAACACUUGACCAAGUAUUUGUGAACUUUGCCAAGGACCAAAGUGAUGAUGACCACUUAAAGGACCUCUCAUUACACAAAAACCAGACAGUAGUGGAUGUUGCGGUUCUCACAUCUUUUCUACAGGAUGAGAAAGUGAAAGAAAGCUAUGUAUGAAGAAUCCUGUUCAUACGGGGUGGCUGAAAGAGGAACUAGACUUUCCUUUGCACCAUGUGAAGUGUUCCGGAGAAAAGAGCCAGAAGUUGAUGUGAGAAGUAAUAAACUGGAUACUGUACUGAUACUAUUCAAUGCAAUGCAAUUCAAUGCAAUGAAAACAAAAUUCCAUUACAGGGGCAGUGCCUUUGUAGCCUAUGUCUUACAUGGCUCUCAAGUGAAAGACUUGAAUUUAGUUUUUUACCUAUACCUAUGUGAAACUCUAUUAUGGAACCCAGUGGACAUAUGGGUUUGAACUCAUACUUUUUUUUGUUGUUCCUGUGUAUUCUCACUGGGGUUGCAACAAUUAUUCAUCCAGUAAUCAUGGCCAGUGAUUAUUGAUCAAAAUCAAAAGGCAUGCACAUCCUCAUUCACUAAGCCAUGCCAUGCCAGGAGACUGGUUUCCCGGUGACACAUCCAUUGCUGGCAAUGAGUGUGCCAGAAUUAUUAGUGCCAAGUUUUUCAGAAAGUUUGAAGCACCAUGGUGUGUCAUGCUCACUUUUGUGAAAGCUGCUCUGCUCAGAGUCUAUCAACAUCAUUAAAUAUCAGUUGACAAAAUGGUGCCAUGUGUGGCUAACAUCCUGCUUUGAUUCCCUCUUUGAUGAGCUGUUCUGGUAGCAGUAACAUGCAACAAAAAUGUGGGUGUCUCUAGGCACAGGAAACUUGGUGCCAUUGUUAUAUUGUCCUGUGCUUCGAGCCAUGGGUCUACAGGGUCAUCCUUAUGAGACUCUUAAAUAUACUUAGAUCCUGGUAAGAGGCAAAGAAUCAACAGCCAAACUGUUGGGGCUGCAAGCCGCUGAAGCCAGGGCAUGGGAUUAAAGAGAUUGUGCGUUCAAACCUAAGGAAGCCUGUGCCCAUUUGUCCUGAUUGUCGACUCACAUGGUACACUGCAUCUCAAGAUGUUUCUUAUCUGACACAAGUAUAUUAUUAUUUCUGGCUUUUUGAAUUAAUCUAGAAAAUGAAAAGAUGGAGUUGUAUUUUGAUGAAAAUCUUUGUACUUUUUAAUGUUAUUUGGAAUUUUAAGUUCUAUCAGUGACUUCUGAAUCCUAAAAUGCCCCCUCUGUAGAACCCUGUGGUAUAGAGGAGUAUGGCUACUGCCCCACUAUUUUUAUUUUCUUAUGUAAGUUUGCAUAUCAGUCAUGACUAGUGCCUAGAAAGCAAUGUGAUGGUCAAGAUCUCAUGACAUUAUAUUUGACUUUGUUUCAGAUCAUUUAGGAUACUUUUAAUCUCAAUUCAUCAAUCAAGUAUUUUUUGGGUGUAUGCUGUAGCUGAAAGAGUAUGUACGUAUGUAUAAGGAUAGAGAGAAAUUAAGUCUCAGUAGAUUGUGCCAUGUUAUUCAGCUCACUGGUUUACAAAUAUAGGUUGUCUUGUGGUUGUAGGAGCCCACUGUAACAACAUUGGGCAGCCUUUUUUUUUUUUUUUUUAAUUGCAACAAUGCAAAAACCAAGAAAGUAUAAAGGUCACAAGUAUAAACAAUGAAUUUUUCAACAGGGAAAACAGCUAGCUUGAGAACUUGCUGAAAAACACAACUUUUGUUUAUGGCAUUUAGUACCUUCAAAUAAUUGGACACCCCAUUAAAUUUGACAAUCUCAAAUUUUUCAUCUCUUCAAUCACUAAUCAAGAAAAAUAUAAAAACAACAAAUGCUUCCAUAUGGAGCAUUUUUCAGAGUUUUCUAACCUGGGCUUAUUUUUCUAGUCAAUAAACAUUUUUUAAAAUAGUUUCACUAAUGCUUACUGUUAACUGUCUUGAGAGAAAAGAAACAUAGGAGAGAACUAUUGUUUGGCCAAGUUCAAGUGAUCUUUCAAUAUCGUUACUAACUUCUACCUUUUCCAAAAUUUGAAUAUUAACUCUAAAGGUGUAAGACUUCAGAUUUCAAAUUAAUCUCUAUAUAUUUUUUAAAUUUACAGAAUAUUAUAUAACCCACUGCUGAAAAAGAAAAAAAAUGAUUGUUUUAGAAGUUAAAGUCAAUGUUGAUUUUAAAUAUAAGUAAUGAAGGCAUAUUUCCAAUAACUAGUGAUAUGGCAUCAUUGCAUUUUAUACUAUCUUCAAAAAUAUAGAAUUUAUAGAAUAAUUUCUCCUCAUUUAAUAUUUUUCAAAAUCAAACUUCUGUUGGUUUUCUCAUUUUACUAAAAUCAUAUUCUAAUUCUUCAUUAUAGUAAAUCCAUGAGCAACUCCUUACUUCAGUUUCUCUGACUUCAAGGCCAUAUUUUAAAAAAUCAAAAGGCACUGUGAACUAUUUUGAGGAAAACACAACAUUUUAAUACAGAUUGAAAGGAUCUCUUCUGAAGCUAGAAACAAUCUACGGUUAUACAUCUUCAUUAAUACUGUGUUACCUUUUAAAAUAGUAAUCUUUUACAUUUUCCUGUGUAAACCUAAUUGUGGUAGAAAUUUUUACUAACUCCAUACUCAAUCAAGCAAAAUUUCUGUGUAUUCCCUGUGGGAUAUAACUAUGUGAGUUUCAGAAAUUCUCAAAAUACAUGUCCAAAAAUUUCUGCUUGUGCAUCUUUUGGACACCUCAGAAAACUAAUUAACAACUGUGAAUAUGGUAAAUAUAGAAGAAAAUAAUAAGCCCUCUAUACAUAAAUGCCCAGCACAAUUCAUUGUUAAAAAACAACCAACCUCACACUACUGUAUUUCAUUAUCUGUACUGAAAGCAAAUGCUUUGUGACUAUUAAAUGUUGCACAUCAUUCAUUCACUGUAUAGUAAUCAUUGACUAAAGGGAUUUGUCUGUGUUUUCUUCUUGUGGUUGUAUAUAUCAGGUAAAAUGUUUUCCAAAGAGCCAUGUGUCAUGUAAUACUGAACCACUUUGAUAUUGAGACAUUAAUUUGUACCCUUGUUAUUAUCUACUAGUAAUAAUGUAAUACUGUAGAAAUAUUACUCUAAUUCUUUUCAAAAUUGUUGCAUCCCCUUUUAUAGAAUGUUUCUAUGUCGAUAAGGAUUUAGGUAUGCUAUUAUCCCUUCUUAUACCCCAAGAUGAAGCUGUUUUUGUGCUCUUUGUUCAUCAUUGGCCCUCAUUCCAAGCACUUUACGCUGUCUGUAAUGGGAUCUAUUUUUGCACUGGAAUACCUGAGAAUUGCAAAACUAGACAAAAGUUUCACAACAGAUUUCUAAGUUAAAUCAUUUUCAUUAAAAGGAAAAAAGAAAAAAAAAUUUGUAUGUCAAUAACUUUAUAUGAAGUAUUAAAAAGUGCAUAUUUCUAUGUUGUAAUAUAAUGAGUCACAAAAUAAAGCUGUGACAGUUCUGUUGGUCUACAGAAA